AUGUGUCUUACCCCCAAGAAGGAGAAGAAAUGUGUGGAUGUGUGUGACGAGGUGCUGGAGUGGAACGGGAGGUCGUUGCAGGGCAAGACUUUCGAAGAGGUGUCGGAGGUGGUGGCGGACUCGAAGCACGAGCCGGAAGUAGAGCUGGUAGUGUCGCGGUUCACGGGCGACACCGGCGGAGGCGGCGUCCGUUUGUGGUUUGCUGCCCAGUCUCUGCAGCUUGUUGUAUCAAUCGUCGGUGCCAAUGAUUUGCCUCCGAAGAAAAGUGGUCACCUGAGAAACCCUUAUGCGAAACUGGUUCUUUUGCCUGACAGAAGUGAGAAAAGCAAGAGAAGAACAAGAAUGUUAGCAGGCACUUGUGACCCCAUGUGGAAGCAGAGAUUUGUGUAUUCUCCAUUGCGAAGAACCGAAAUUAAUCUGCGGACUUUGGAAGUGAGCGUGUGGGACUUUGACCAAUUCGGGCCCAAUGAAUUCCUUGGCCAG